UCAGUCUGGUUUCUGCACGAAGGGAUAAAGGAGUGCAGGACCAAGUUCGCGUCCUCGGAACAUGGACUCCUCUUGCGCUUUUAUUUAUAUUUUAAAGGGGAAAAAACCGCUUCAUGUGCUUUUCUUCUGAAAUCUUCAUUCCCGACUGUGGAAAUGAAAUCCGUGGCCGUGCAUCUGGAUUUUUAUAUAGACUAGAACUUAAAAAGUGGAGCAACUGAGACGUUUUGGUUCACGUUCAGUGAAGUGAUUAUUUUUAUUGGGUUGCUCAUGACUGACAUAGUUUAUCAGGAGCAUCGUCUUCAGUGCAUAAGGAAGAGCGUGUGUGUGUCGGAGUGACCUGUACAUCCGCACUGGAGUUGGCCGGACAUUAUCAGGGUCCACCCAUGCCUCUUAUCUCCCCUGUCUGGGCAUCAUGGAUUUUAACCACUGAAGGAAAAACAGCUUAACAUCAAAAUUCAUCCUGUGUGACCCCAACGCUGAGUUUAGUGUUUAACACUCAUCAGUUUUCUCAUCAUGGGCACUGCUUUGUCUCUCUCUCCGGGUCCCCAAAAAUCUGAUUACUAUGACGAUCGGCCUAACUCCCUCAGCCGGUACCCAAGCUUGAGCAGCCGCUCUUUGACCAAUCAGAAGGAGCAUGGGCUCAAAUCACGAGGACAAUCUAUCUUCCUGCCCGCUCUCACAUGGAAACGUCUGGUAGCCUCGACUAAGAAACGAGGUUCCUCCAAGAAAGGGUUUCCCACCAGCCAAGGGGCCAUUGGAGCACCACUUCACAACAACAACCACAUCUACCAGAAGGACCCAGUCUUACAUCUGAACAGAGAGAAUGUAAAAAAGUCUCUCUCAUGUGCAAACCUUUCCAGCUAUGAAGGUCCAGCAGGACUGGGCUUGGGAAUGGGGUUGAACCUGGGCUAUGUUAAGCCACAGCAGCUUUCCUCAGUCAAAAAGGUUUCUCAUGGAAGCUCUUCUCCGAAACGUGUGAUUGUCCAAGCAUCUACAAGCGAGCUCUUGCGGUGUUUGGGCGAAUUUCUAUGCGGACGAUGUUACAGACUCAAGCUCCUUUCGCCUUCUGAUCCAGUUCUGUGGCUACGUGCUGUAGAUCGCUCACUUCUACUCCAGGGCUGGCAGGACCAAGCCUUUGUGACUCCAGCGAACGUAGUGUUCAUUUAUAUGCUGUGCAGAGAUGUGGUGGACGGAGAGGUUGUGUCUUCAGAACACGAACUCCAAGCUGUCCUUCUCACCUGCCUCUACCUGUCCUACUCAUACAUGGGCAAUGAGAUCUCCUACCCACUCAAGCCCUUUUUGGUUGAGGCCGCUAAGGAGGCAUUUUGGGACAGAUGCCUAGCCAUCAUCAAUGCCACGAGUGCCAAGAUGCUGCGUAUCAAUGCGGAUCCACAUUAUUUCACUCAGGUAUUUGCAGAACUGAAAAGCGAAGGGGGAUGUGGACUGCAGGAUUAUGGACGAUUACUGGAUCGGUGAGUGGAGAGAGAGAACUUCCUCCUUCACUGCAUCCCCAGUAGAAACCUUUGUGUUUUUCUCCAAGUCCUCAGUGUCUCUUAAUACCUCUGUGGUGUAAAGAUCUGUAGGGUCACUCUAAAUCAGUUCAUCACCGUUGAGUCACAGUGUGUUGGGCACUUGACCUUGUUUUAACUCUGAUAUUGACCUCAUAGAUGUUAAAACUGGAAAGCAGAUCUAUUUUCAUUUUCCGACAGACGUGAGGUGCCUUGGAGUUGAAGUUUGGCAUCAGGUCAAUAGACUGGAAGCAGCUUUCGCCAGCAAUGGAUCCUAAUACAGUUUUGGGAUGCUGCAGAUUUUUUCUCACAGUGAGCUCUGGAUUAGAGAUGAAAUUGUGUGAUGUUAAAGACAUCAGGAUGCUUACCUAUGACACAGGCCACCACUCUGCCACCUGAGCCCUUCUUAAGCUUAAACCUCAGCCUAAAACUAUCCACAUAAUGAAUGGCACAUGACCUGAAAAUACUUGACCAAUGGGUAGUCAAUCGGAGUGUUGGGAUACUAAAGAAACACUAGUUAGUCCGUCUAUCCCAUGGCAAAAUGUUUGCAGACCACAAUGUUUUCUGGGAACAUUUAUCAAUAGACCAAUAUUCCCCUCAAAGUCAGAGCUUAACCAAAACUAAAUUGGUAGAGUUUAACCAUAUAAUUAGUUCAUCAGGAAAGAGCUGUGUACAUUCAUCAGCUGUUUAACGUGAAUUUUCUUUGUACGAAAAUCCAGGUGAAAGCAUGAUGUGUGUUUUUAUGUGUGUGGAAGUCCAUUAGCAGUUUGGUGCUGUGUUGUCCUUCCUUUUGUUUUAUGAGACCAGACUUAGGCUGCUGUGGCAUUAAUAAGAUUAACAGAUUACCCACACACACAUAGAUACACAGCACUUGUUCUUAUUGCCAGGCUAUCCUGCUUGCAGGGCUAAUCCAUACCGCUUGGCCAGAAUGUUUGUUCCAUGCCUUUCUGUGUCACAUGUCUGUUCUCUCCUGCAGUACCUAGCAGACAAAGGCUGACGGUCAGCGAAAAUCUGUGUGUGGGUCUGUGUGUGAGUGUGUUUGUGUGUGUGUGUGUGUGUGUUUGACAGGACAUGCUUUAGGGAGGAAGGAAGUGUAUUUUGGGUGAGGGCAAUCUGAAGAGAUGAGUUCAGGCAUUUCUAAAAGCUGUCAGGUCAUUGUGGUCAUGCGCAGCUGACUUUUCUCCAGGUGUGUGUCCUGAAGGAGAGGACACAGGGUUUUUCAGGAACAUAUGGUUCUUUUGUUUGUGGCCUGUGUAAUAAAACUGAAAACGUUUUCCCAAAGACUAUGUGCGAUAGUUUGAUAUUUUGAUAUUUUGACAUUCAGUCUUAAAGUCCUGUAACAUUUAGUUCAUUUCAAUUUCUUAAAUAAAUUUAAAAGCAUAGAAAGUGAAACAUUAUCUAAAAAGAAAUGACAGGUCUGCUAAAGUUCCUUUACAGACUUCUCUCAAGCAUACUUGUUUAAUAGAAAGUUAUACAUAAUCAUGGGGCUAAAACUAUGUCUUUAUAGUGUAGCUGUUUGGUUGAGACAGGAGCACAUGGCUUUGCAGUUAAACGUUAAUCUGAUUCUGUUUUACUGCAGUGCCACUGGAGGCAAUGUCCUUUACCCAGCCUACUCACUCACAAAGAAAAAAAAAUUUCACUCAUCCAAUAUUUUUAGAUGAGCACUCAAACCAAAACACGCAUACAUACAUGCAUCCCUUCCAACACACACACACAAACACACACACACAGAGUUAAUCUGUUAAUCCGUUUCUACCCAAGUCAAGAACAAAUAGAUGAAAAUGCAGCAAAUAUGUGAGUCAGAUCAGCAGAGAUUUCUGUUUGUUCUCUAUGCUGUUCUGACGGGGUCAUCAGCACCACCGCCUGCUCAGACACACACUCGCUCUCCAUCGGAUGCCUAGCAGUACACUUAUGUAAUAUCUAUACGAAGAGCCAACACUUGAAAAGCAGCAGAUGACUGAAAACAAUGAGAAAAGAUUUGCUGCAUAACAUGUUUUCAGAUGUUAACAUUCCUAAGGCUGCAUUAUACUGAUUUCCAACAAACUUCCAAAUCCUAGGAUCAGUGGAUGGAUGUGUAAUUUGGGGGGGGGAUCGUAAAAAUAAUUUAAAAAGAAAUACCUGGAUAUUCCAUAGACCUCCACUCCAGUUGGCUUCAUAUGAUUACAUAUGAAGCAGGGAAUUAGGAGUCAUCUGAUACUUAAAUGUUUGCGAUAUUUACAGUUUUCUACUGACUGUGAUGUUAUUUGUUAAAACACUGACAAGCCUUUCUCCUAACCAACCAUUAUCCCCUAAAAUGAUUUGAGUUGCUUUUUUGAUAAAACCUUUUUAAAAAAAAAAAACAAUAGGAUUAUUCCAGAGAUACUUUAAAGUAAAUUACAAAGUGCAACUUUAAAGGAAGUGUCAGAGCACUGAGUUGAAUUGAUUCUUUAAUCGACAUAUCAGACUACUUUGACUGUGAUCAAAGUGGUUUCCUGUACAUUAAGCACAGUGACGCUGGAGCUGUUGCUUUACCUCAAUUCAGCAGCGCUGUAGUGCUUGAGACUGUCUAGCUGUCUCUCCUCCUCAUCUGUACAAAGCUGUUACAUUUGCAUUUAACACUAUCAGCGAUAUCAUGCUCAUCAGCUCAUAGUUCGCUAACUAAACAAACCUAGCUGAGUCUCUACUCUAACAAAAACUGAAAAUACUGCAUCAACCAACAAAUCAGCACCAGAAUCACUAAACACAGCACAAAUACUUUAAUAUAAGCACAUUUCAUGUGGGUAGAGGUUCACUGUAAAGCACUGAUAAUGAAUUAUGGAUAUAACGAGUGUAAAGCCUGCGGCUGUGGCCUAGCUCAGAGUGCCUGUGUAUUGUAUAUUAUUUUAGGUUUCCAAGAGACAAAAGCCUAAAGGAAGAGAUGAAAGUGUUCAGUAGGCAGGGAGAGACUCUGUGAUGACUCAUACAGUUUAUACUCAUACAAUUAUGUUUAUAGCAUGCAUUAAAACCUCAGGUGUUCGGCUGUCACACUGAUCCAUCACUUUUCACAUUCUUCCCCUAAAACACACGCUUCUUUUCUCUGGCCAGGCUAAACUGAUUCAAAAUCAGCCUCAUUGUGCUGGGAGAGGACAGACGGAGUAGUGUUCGUGCUCGGGCUGAUAUGUGAAGGCCCUCUAUAAGAGCUGUGUAGGGCUCUGUUAGGGAACGCUGAAUCUGCAACGACUUCUGCUUCCACAUGGAUUCUCGUGUUUGCUUAGCAUUAUCUCACAGUCUGGGAUUUAUCUUUGCCUUAAAAUUGUUUAUUCACUGUAUAUAUUCCAUACAGCAGCUCUGUAGACCUUUUGGGGUAUUUAGACUAGCUGUGUACACAGCAUGUCUGAGUAUCCAGACCGCCGGAUAAAAUAUUAAGCCUGCGUCUGCUUGUGUCUUGCCAUGGGAAAAUCAAACAUCUGGUCCCGUAGCUGUCACGUCCAUGAGGUUCAUGAGCCAUUUCACUACACAACUGGGUCAACAAUCAUCAUUUCUGGCAAGUAAAAGCGGUCCAAUCAUGCACCCUUGAGGAAUGCCUAUCACACUUUAAUCCUAUCUUGAACAAGUUUGUGUGAAUGACUUACUUUAUAAUUUCAAAAAAACUCAGAAUGGAUUCAGACUACUGAAGGGUCAAAGGCAGCACAGCGCUAUUAAUGAGCGCAUCUUCGGAUAAACUUGAGGACAUUUUGCUCCUCGGGCUGUUCUUCAAGCACAAAGAUAUACGUCUGGCCUCAGCGAGAGACUCAGGAUUUCCGUUGUAUUUAAGGUCGACUCCGCACUGCAAGGUGCCAUUACUCCAUGAGUUGUGGUUUCAUCCAUGUUUUCACUGCUGCUACAUAUUUAUGUGCAUAAAUCAGUAGAAUUAAUUAGGAUAUUGUGUAGAGUGUCUGGCCAUGCAGACCAGUAGAAACAAAAUGUAAAUAUGUCACUAUGUAGCAAAAAAAGUGUACAUAUAAUAUGAAUUGUACUGUGUACUGCUACUGUGAUGGUGCAGAUACCGGCUUGAUAGUUCCUUUUUAAUUACUGUUGUUUUUUUUGUUGCUGUUGUUGUUGUUGUUUUUUUAAAAGUAUGUUAACUUUAUUGCAGUUCUCUGAGAACUGAAGUC